UGUCUGUGUGUAUCCAACCUCCGAGUGCUUGAAGUCAUGUCGUUUCUUGCUCUUGUGAUUCCUCUGCUCAAGGUCUACUAUGUCGGCUUAAAGGUGCUUCUAUACCAACUCUUCAACGAAUCGUUCACUUUGCCAGCUUUUCCCAAACAGAAUGGAAGAGUUGCCAUAGUGACCGGAGGUGUCAAAGGAAUUGGGUUUGAGACCGCAAGACAUCUGGCAAGACUUGGAAUGCAUGUGAUAAUAGCUGGGCAUAUUGACAGUGAGGGUCAGGAGGCAGUGAAAAGAAUCAAGGCUGAAUACCCCCAUGAUAAAGUGGAGUUUGAACAUCUUGACCUGACUUCCCUCAACUCUGUCUGUCAGUUUGUGAAGAGCUUUAAAAACCGAGGCCUUCCACUUCAUGUGCUAGUUAAUAAUGCUGCUGUAAUGCUGGUUCCACAAAGACGAACCAAGGAUGGUUUUGAAGAACACAUUGGCUUAAACUAUUUGGGGCACUUCCUGUUGACCAGCCUUCUUUUGGACACACUCAAGACUUCGGGAUCAGCAGACUCCUGCAGCCGUGUUGUUACUGUGUCCUCUGCUACUCACUAUGUUGGAAGCCUGAACCUGGAGGACCUGCAAAGCAGUUGCUGUUAUUCUCCCUAUGGAGCGUAUGCCCAAAGCAAGCUUGCUCUUGUCAUGUUUACUUAUCAUCUGCAACAACAGCUUCUGACUGAUGGGAGCCAUGUGACAGCAAAUGUGGUGGACCCCGGGGUGGUGAACACUGACCUUUACCAACAUAUCUCCUGGCCAGCCAAGCUCUGCAAGUGGAUUGUGGCCUGGUUCCUCUUUAGGACACCAGAGCAGGGAGCCUCGACUUCAAUAUAUGCUGCCGUUGCACCAGACCUGGAGGGAACUGGAGGCUGCUAUCUGUACAACGGGCAAAAGGUUAAGUCUGCAGACAUAACGUAUGACGAGCAGCUUCAACACCAGCUCUACCACCAAAGCUGUGACCUUGUACGAAUUGCCGAGAGGAGCCGCUAAGAUCACCAAUCAGUUACAUGUAACCAGUCCAACUCGAUGUCAAAAAUAGAUCGACCAACUGCUUUUUCUAAUCUUGAUCAGUUCAAACAAGGGAGUAGCACCACUUUUACACUUUGGACCAGACAAGAAGAUUUACCUGCACCACUGUAGUCAGUCAUCAUUUCAGAUCAUUUCAAGUAAUUACUGGAACCUUCCUGAGAGUUUGCACUCCUUUGUGGGGCUAAAGCAACUGGAUUAUGAAUUUGCAGUCCUUUCUUAAAGUGACAGCAGAAGCUUUGCCUUUGCACAUGAAUUGAAAUUACAUCACCACUAAUUGUCAUUUCUAAAUGCUAUCCCGGUCCAGCAUCAUGAUAAAUGUUUACACAGAUGAUAUUUUCAUAUGAUGUUCAAUAGACUUUCUAAAAAAGAAAAAAAAAUAAUAGAUGUUUUGUUUAAUUCCAUUUCCAAAGUGCUUUGAAGUUGCAGUUGUUGCCCCGUCACUUGGUAUCCGUCAGCUAUUUAAGAACAUGCAAAUAUUAUCAAGUGUGAGUGAUGGAUGUCUUUCUUUGUGGACGUCAUAAUGAAGCACUUUAUAGAAACGAUCUGAAGCUGGAGUGCAUGCAUGUGGCAUGACUUCCAUAGGGAUGUAUAAAAAUCUUGGGCUAGUCGUGGGAUUUGAAUUUGAAAGGUUGUGAUUUCAUGUCCCAGACCACCCUGACAAGAAGUGUAAUAGUGCCAACACAUCCUGCAACUUCACAUGCCAGCAAUAUGUCAUGGGGUGACCUUGUCAGAUUUUAUAAGGAUCCGAUAGCCCCGAUGCUCCCUUGACCACCAGGUGACCCUACCCAGGGACAUUGCAUUGCACUCCCGAAACCCAAAAACUGUCAGAUUGAUGGGGUCUGUGUUGUCUUUGCCCAAAUAGUGGCUCCCUGGACUCACCACUCUCCAACUUGAGGUACAUUGCCCCUUCAAUUGGCAUUUUCUACUUGCCAAACAUGCCAUCUGUGCAGGGUUCUCCAUGACAAAUAGACAGAUUUAAGGUUACUAGAAUUUUUUAUUCAAUAGCCGCAUUAUAGAUAUGAAUACAUUUAGAUUCUGGAGAAUGAUUGCUCCAGUAAAUAAAAGUAACAAAUAAGAGCCAGAAGUCGUUAACCUGCAAUUAAAAAUUAAGCCAACAGAUAUAAUCCACCUCCUGUACCUGAACCAAGGCAUCAACAGUUAAUAAGACGUAGCACAAGCAGCCUCUUCAUUUAUGUGCAUAUUAUUCAAAGGACGCUUGAUACUUUGGGCAUGGUUGGUCUACAAGAUGGCCUUAUGGCCCACCACUAACUGGUAAGGGUUGAUGCUGUCACUGUCUCUGCCCUUGCUCCCUGUUUUAUGUUCUUUGAAAUUACUUGUUGUUGACAUAUCAUUUUAGAUGUUUUAAUCAGUGGACUUAUCUGUGUACAAUUAAAUUCCUUUUGUUUGUUGGGAUGAUCUUUAUUGUAAAGCUAGGCUGUUUCAGAUCUGAGCUCUUAGAGACUGAAUAAUUAAUCAGUCGAAUCAUUCGUUUAAAUUAGAAAUGUUAUCACAUAGCGUAGUACUCAUUAUGUUUCUAGCAAUGCGUAAUCUUACUGUGGGAGCGUGGGCAGGUGCCACGUCUUGCCAGUGGACAUGUGGGUGACAGCGGUGGGAUUUGAACAGACAAUGCUAACACCAUAACUUACUAGACACACAUUACCUGCUAGACGAGACUCUGUGUUCUGCCCUCUUUUGCACUGUGACCAGAUGAAGCUGUGAAUUUGCGCAAAUUUGCUUGAAUUGCAGAAGCAAAAAUAAAUAAUGUUCAUACCAUGUCAUAUUAAA